AUGCUUAGCGCCAAUCUUCGUAAAGAUCUCAUAACGGACAUUAUGGCGAGGCUGCCUGUAAAAUCCUUGCUUCGAUUCAAAUGUGUCGCUAAAUCCUGGUACGCUCAAAUCACUAACUCUUCUUUUAUCACCAAACAUCUUGAACGGUCAAAUUUGAUCACCAAGAAUCGCCACCUCAAGAUUAUCUUCCAUUUGAGUAAUCGUGAAGUCCCGUCUGCACAUCCCUGUUUUUUGAAGAUCAGAGUCCCUAUGCAAUCCAUUAAUCCGAUCUCCUCUGGUUCUGAGGGCCGAAUAAUCUUGUGGAACCCAGGAACAAAAGAGGUCAAGGUUAUUCAGCGCACUCAGACGGAACCGAGAACCUUAGAAUGUACCGGGGUUGGAUUUGGGUUCGAACCCGCCAAAGAGGAUUGCAAGGUUGUUCGACUUUCAAAGUGGCCUUUCGAUGAAGAAGAAGCACCUCUAGUUGAAGUUUACAGUCUCAAUACUGAUUCUUGGAGAACCAUAGAUGUGGAUGUAGUCCCCAAUUAUGUCUUGGAGAUGAUGGCACUUUUGAUAAUGGUAAAGACCUUAAAGCUUUGA